UACGCCAUUUUGAUGUUGCCAAGUGAUGGGGAUACAGGAGUGGUAUCAUAUUUUUGUAUCAUUUACACCAGGGAAGGUAACGGAGAGGUACUGCGGGGGAAUAUGAGACCUUCUUCAUUGCACCGUUUGAGUUUUGGACUUGUUACCUGCUUUAUUUUAAAACAUCACACGAUUGCAAGAUGUUCCAGUUAACUAGCGAGCUAGCUACCUUUUUGUUUUCUUAAAAACUACUGUUUACCAUAGUUACGAUACGUAUGUAUGAAACGAUAGCCAGUCUGUAUACAAUCAAUAUAGGCUUGAUUGUCCGUUUUUUUUAUAAAGAAGGAAACCCAACGGACAACUAUGUUAAACAAAUAUACCACAGUGCCUAAAUGUCAAAUUUGGACAGAAGCGAAUAUGUGCAACUAGCUCCGACAUUGGUGCCCGUAAAGCACUGCACCGACAACGCGUUCGGCUUUUUCACCAAGCAUGCUGUGGUCAACCACGAGAGUGGAAUAACUACCUUGAGUAUUGGUGUACUGUUGUCAACACUUUUGACCGAGGAAAGUCAAAACACAGAAUUUUGUGCGCGUAAAAGUUAUUUACACGAAGAAUUUAUUUGGAACAGAAAAGACUACGACCCACUUUUGGAAUACAUUAAACCGGACUCCAUCGAUCCACACUUUUGGAAAGAGCAGUUUUAUUCUCUAACUAAGGAGUUGGCUGGCUGUCUCCUUAAGAUCUACCUACGGCUUGAAAAGGACUGUAGUGAGGUAUUUGUUCUUUGGGGGAUUCAAACAGAGAAUCUUUCCCCAAAACGAGAUGAGGAAGCAAAGCCACAGAACGUCCCCUUCCCCUCACAGCCAGGCACAGGCAUAUUUAAAUCCACACAUCUGAACAGAUUUCCAAAGGAGCCCACAAUAAUGAUUUUUGGAAUAAUACCCCAGGAGUUACACAAACAGCUCCUGGACCUCAAGAACUAUCAGAGCAGGACAAAUGGAGUGGAGGAACUGAAAAACAUCCUAGCUGAAUUUGAUUUGAAGCCAGUCCCCUCAGACAGUAUAGUUGAUUUCAUCAGUUUCCUACGGACACUGCUGGAUGAUUGCAACUUCAAGGUUCUUUAUGGCACUUUACAGGUAAUCAACCUACUAAUUGAGAAACUAGAUAGCAAUGUGGAAAAAUACCUAAAACAGAUUGUAAGUACUACCCUCAAAGCCUUGGGGGAUACCCACACCAUCUCCAGGAAUGAGUACAUGAAUGUGUUCAGGCAGUUGAUGAGGAUUGUGGGACCACAAAAAGUAUUGGACCUUGUGAUGGGGCAACUAAAGAACAAAAACUCCAGAGUCCGAGAGGACAUCAUCAACAUCAUCACUGCUGCCAUGCUCACACACCCGAGGAAAGACUUCAACAUCCCCAGCCUCUGUUUCGAAGUGGCACCUUGUUUAGCAGACAGGAAGAAGAGGGUCCGCCAUGCCGCCCUGGAACUUUUUGCUGUGUUUGACUACUGCCUGGACACAGGCAAGAAACAGCCCCUUAUGAGAGCUGUGGAUAAGGUUGAGCUUAGCGGUGAUGUUGAAGGGCUCAUGGCAGCUGUUCAGGCCCGGAGAGCCAGGCAUGUCCUUCCCAGAUUGUCUUCAGAGGGGAUGGUGGAAUACGCCUUGGUUAUCCCUAAGCCUGGCCAGAGACCAUCGUCUCAGUUUGGCUCAGGUGCUGACCUGGAGUGGAUCCAGUGUGGGGGACGCGUUGACAGUGCUAGGAGCAGCCGAACUGAUCCAGGCUCUGACAGCCGGUUGUAUGGCUAUGGCAGCCUUGGAUCCCUCACGGACAAUAUUCCUCUGCACCGACGAAUUCUUAGUGCUGGGAAGAACAAGCUCCCAUGGGAAAGGUCGCGGCUUCCCGCCACAGGGAAACCCCUGCCUGCUAGGCCAACCAACAGCCAUUCAUGUGAACAGAUAUCCAGCGAAGACUCCCUGUCCCCUCCCACGGAGUUGAGCCGAGAAGCAUACGUUGCUGACUUUGGUUUCUCAGAGCCGCACCAGCCCAGGAUCCUGGGCAGGAAGGACCCCCCCUCACACGGGGGGUCGCGGAAGAGCGGCAGCGUGGAGACGGACCGCCCGCCCCGGGAGUCUGCCAGCCCCUCGGACAGCGAGCGAGCCCCGCCGAGAGCGGGCCGCUCCCUCUGCCGGCCCUCCAGCGCAGAGAGAACCCUCACCCUCACCUCCAGUGCCACGGCCCCCGGCAGCCUCGCCCUGCCCUCCAGCUCCACGUCUCCCGGCAAAUUCCUCCUGCCCUCCUACCCCUUGGCCAAGUUGCCGGGCAGUCCUCGGACCCCGAGGCUGUCCCACCGCCACGCCGAUUCCUCGCUGUCUCUGUCCAGCACUUGGCCCAACAAGAGGGAGAGCAGCCCUCGCCGCCGAGACACCAGUCCCUGGAGGGAGAUUCAAGGUGACGCGACGGGCGACCGGCGCUCCCCGCUGCCCCUGCGGGCUUCGCUGGUGCGCUCCUCCUCCACCUCCUCCUGCCGCCAGGCCCUGAACGGCUCCAGGCCCGUGCCCCCCAUCCCACAGGGCUUUCAGGACCACCACAUCCAGCAGUGCGAGGAGGGCCAGGCGCCCCAGACGCCCCACCCGCGCACCCCCCCGCAAGACCAGCUGCCCGAGGGGAAGAUGCGCCUGGACCUCUCCCAGCUGGGGGCGCUGGUGCAGGAGGAGGAGCCUGUGGACCACGAGGAGAUGAUGAACUCUCUGCGCUCGUUGCGCAACAGCGCCGCUAAGAAGCGGGCCAAGGUGAGCCUGAGCGGGUCCGACCCGGACCCGGACAGCCCGGACUCGGCGGUGAAGCUGGAGCUGGCGCUGGACUCGCCGUCACAGACGCCCCCCUCCAUCACCAGCCCGCUGAGUGAGAGCGGCCUCUCCAGCCUGUACUCUCCGCCCAACUCCACCCUCAACGGCACCAAAGCCAGUUCUGGAAACUUGUGCUCUACAGUAGCUAAACCUCGGGCCACCAGGGUCUCCUCUGGAAAGAAGCCUGCUGCCUCAAUCGACUUCAACUCCCUUCAGGCAUUGUCAUUCGGAGACAAAGCCACCGCAGACGUGAGCGUUGUUGGCCAGCGAGUUACCUACUCCAAUGGGCCAAUCGAGCCGGAGGGGGAGCGUGUGAGAGAGGUGUCCCCGCCCCCUGCCAGGCCCACAGGACGGGAGCCAGUCCGAGCAGUGAGACCCACCAGGGGAUCACAGGCCAAUGGCUGUAGACUUUCACCAGCUGGUGGCAUGUCGGAAGGCGUCAUCGGUAAAGGAGUUUUCGGCUCCUCUACCCCCCUUCCCAGCUCCCCGGUGGUCGCCACGCCGCAGGAGCAGAGCGACGCCACGAGCAGGACGUCCGGUGAGCUCCCCGAGGGCGUUUACGGCCACGCGGUUCCCUCCAGCCACCACGACGCCAGCGACAGCGUCGACGCGGAAGAGCCAGGGGAGAAGGUGAAGCUGUCCAAAUCGGCCCGGGACAAGAUGCGGCAGCGGCGUCUGGAGCAGGAGGUCGGCCAGCAGGCGGAGCUCCAGCGGGGGGAGAAAGCGCACCAGGGCCUGCGUCACACGGUGUCCGAAUCCAGCAUCGACGAGCUGGACACACUCAGAGAUUGGCAGUUGAAUGGGAGCGAGGUGGCAAAGCCUCAGGCUGGCACCCCCCAAGAGGAUUCAACAGCCAGCUCCACCAGCCCCCAGGGCACCCUGAGUCCCAUCAAGUCCUUCAGCCCCCACCACCAGCCCAGCCCCCCCACGCUGCCCCCUCAGUCCAAAACCUCGCUGCGGCGUGUGAGGAGAGCCCCUAGCCUGAACAAGACCCGCCCAUCAUUCUCCAACAGCUCCGACGAGUUGUUCCCUGGCCAGAAAAAGGAUGACCAGGAACAGCCGGAGUUGCGACCCUUCUCCAAUCCCGAACUUGCGCUGACCCAGGGUUUCGCACUGCUGAGCUCUAACGACUGGGAGAAGAAGAUAGAGGGCAUGACCUUUCUCAACUGCCUGACGCAGUACCACACAGCCGUGCUCGGCGCGAGACUUCCGGACGUCUGCCGCGCCCUCAUCCCAGAGGUUAUGAACCUGCGCUCAGGUGUCUCUCGGGUGGCGGUGGCUACUCUGGGAAACAUGUACACGCGCCUCCAGAGGGGGAUGGAUCAGGAACUGGAGGGGACGGCCACGGCGCUGCUGCAUAAAGUAGGCGUGUCCAACGCCUUCUUACGGCAGGACGUGGAUGCCGCGCUCCACAGCAUGGUUCAGAACUGCACGCCCACCCGCGUCAUGAACGCUUUGCUCACUGGUGGCGUCAGACACCUGAAUUCCAUGGUAAGGAAGUGUACAGCUCAACACAUGGCCGACCUGGUGGAGAAGAUUGGCGCUGGCCGGCUGCUGUCUGGCACCACGGACCUCACUGACCGGAUCCUGCCUGCCAUUGCCCGACUGGCGCAGGACUCCUCCCAGGAAGCCAGAUACUAUGGACGUCAGAUGCUGCUGUUUUUGGCAUCCCACCAGGAUUUUGACAAAAUAGUGAAGAAGUACAUUCCAGCCAAAGACCUUCCAACACUCAGAGACUUGGUAUUCACUCUUAAGACAAAGGGAUUGGGCGAAAUGCCUCAGGACACCCCCUCAGCGAGGGGCCGGCGCUCUCUCCCUGGCAGUGGGACAAGCCGAGCCUCAUCUCUUCCUCGAGAGCCUCUCAGCCUUGUCAACAGAGAGUCUCGCGAGUACAACCACAGAGCUCAAGCACACAACAUCGCAGAGAGGACAGAAUACAUCAAGCAAAUGAAGGUGCAGAUGGGGUCCAAGGACUUUCGGGAGCGUAUCAAAGCCAUUGACCAGGUCGCUGCUGAGUGCAAGAACAACCCGGACAUGGUCAUUGCCUGCAUAUUCCCGGUCUUUGAUGCCAUGAAGGCAAGACUCCAAGAGUCAAACAGUAAAGUCAACCUGCAUGCUCUGGAGGCCCUACAGAGGAUCAUCCCUGCACUAAAAGAGAACUUAGCCCAGGUGAUAAACAUCUUAGUUCCAGCCAUAGUGGACAACCACCUCAACUCAAAGAACAAUGCCAUCUACAGUGCUGCUGUUACUGCCCUGGAAACCCUCAUGCAGGACAUAGAUAAUGCCCUACUGCUUCAGAUUUUUGUCACAAAGGCUCAGCUCCUCAGCGGAAGGGCCAAGGUGAACCUUGUAGAUAAGGUUGCAGAACUGGUGAUGGAGCUGUACCCUCACAAGCCUCAGGCGGUAGAGCAGAAGGUGCUGCCCUUGCUAUGGCACCUCCUAAGUACCUCCAGCAACAGCGGCACUACCCUUGGCAGAGGUGGCAGUGUGCGGGGGGCUACUGCCACCUUAUGCCAAGCCUUGUACGACCAAAUGGGGCCCAGGCUCAUGGAGUGCGCUGCCUCCCAGUCCCACAGUGUCACCAAGAGUCUCAACCAGCUGUUGAAGACCUCAUCUCCCCUGAUCGCAUGUUCAGAAAAACAAUGAGAAACCCAAAACACCACAAAGGGGAAAAAAAAAACCCAACUGGUCUUACUUGAAGACAGAGAAGUGCUACAUUUCUCAUAGUGCCUGCACUUUGUUUUAUUAUUACCUAUACAGAGAAUGAUAAGACAUUACCCUGGAGUUAAAAACUCUGUCAGCAAGGUAUACAGAUUUCAAGCCCCCAUGAACCUGCUCUUUUUGCACUUUUGAAAAGUGGUACAUUGUGUUGAUGAUUGUUUCUAAAAUUAUUAUAUGUUGUAAUAUGAUUGCUCAUGUUGUUGUUUGUAACCUGCAGACAUGAUUUUACCAGAAACACCACCACAGAAUGUACUAUUUUAAUGCACAAAUAUGUAAGGAGAUAAGGGAUGUAUAUUUUUGCUAUUGUGUCUUUUUCAUGUUAUGUCAUGUGAUAUAUCCAAGAUGUGUCUUAUACAGUUUUUCUCUAAGUGAAUCUAAAUUUGUGAUGAGAACAAAUGACUAUUGUAAUAGUUGACUUGUAUUUGCACAGUAUUAGCUUAAUCCUUAUGCUGUUAUGUUGCAGUAUAUCUAUUCUUUAUUUCAAGUCAUAUAUAAAGAGGUAUUCUAAGUUGGAACUGUCUUACAGUUUUGCAUGACCAAAUUCAUUGACAGGGAACAUGAAAUAUGAAUAUUUUUAUGAUGACAUAUUUUAAUGUACACAGAUGCCUAAAUCAAAUUAUGGAUGUAAAACCAUUUUAAUAAUGGUGGUGGAAUAGACAGAAAAUUAAGCUUUAAACCAGCAGUUUAUACAGAAAGAUUUAAAACCAUAUCUGUAAUUCUCAAUAUAGUGCCAGUCCUUACAUUGUCUUUAAUAGAAUUUCCACUGCUAAAUUGUACUGUACUAGUUUCUAAAUGGGAAGAGAGAGAAUGGUAUAUAUAAUAAAUAAAUUGUUUUAUUUCUGUA